CUGCUGUUGUUUCUCGACACUGCGCGUUAUUGUGGCCGCAGCUCGCCGACAAAGUUUUGUUUACGCACAGGGCGCGCAUCGGACUAAGAAAAAAAGAAAAAGGAUGCGUGUCAAUCAGAGCGGAUUGCACGGAGAGAAACGUGACGUAUCGAUCUCCUUUUUGACAACUUGGAUCUGUUCCUGUUUUGUCUGCUUUUUCUUCUUAUUAUUGUUAGUGCCACGGGCUGCAUUGUUGGUUCGGUUUGCGUUGCAGUGGGCAUUAGUAGGACUGGAUAAUCCGUUUUCUGCAACAAAGGGCUUCUCGUAAAUAGCGCUGAGCUGGCCCGAGAAAGUGAUACGGCGAGAGGGGAGUCCAGGAAGAGUCUUGUCGUGGUGUUGCCACUAAAUGAGAAAAACACGAAGACUUCUUCAGAUCUGUUUACCCCCCGGCCGGCGACCUGAGUGGAUCACGAAGAACAUCAGAGGGGAUAGAGGAUUAUCUUGCUUGACCUGUCUCCUCCUCAGACUGAUGUCAGACUAGUGUUGCAGCUCUAUUUCACUGUGCAUACCUCAUAGAAGGGUAUACAGGAGCAUAUUUAUUGCGUUGAUUAUUGGAUGGAUUGAUUUAAGUGGCAUCCAGUAGAGCAUUAAUACUUUGUCCGACUAAAAACGGUUCUCUGCUUCGGCUUAUUCAUGCCCGUCAUGAGUGUACCAGCCCAGCAGAAACCCAGCAACAAAAGAACAGGCAAACGCAUCACGUUUUUCAGCGAUCAAAGUGUAGCAAUGAAGGAGACUUCUCAGCACCCAGAAGGAUCCUACUACGUCCCAAGCGGUACUGCGUCAGACCCCAGACAGAGUGAGGCUGCAAGUACGGUGACGUCCAAUCCAGAAGGUCCUCACAUGUACCUCAACUCGGUCAUCUUCAGCCCAGAUAAGGGUGACCAGAGCAGAGGUCAUUAUCAGCAGACUGUACCCAUGAAGUGGGCUCACCAGGAACCCAGUCAGCAGCAGCCAUCAGUGUCCCAGCAGCAGAGAGCUGCCACGUGGGCCACCAUGCCGAACUGGGGGCCAAACUUUGCAAAUUAUAUCGGAGGAGUUAACAUAACGGAUUCAAGGAGCCAAAAUGCAUUUGUGAAGUCAAUGCACGAGACAUCUGGUUUACAGCCACAUCAACAGCCUCCUAACAGAGGAGCAGAGAAACCUGCAGCUGAAGCAUACAGGGAUGCUGCAAAGUCUCGAGGCCUGGAGUGGGAGCAGCAACAGCAACAACAGUCCCAGGCCUUUCAGGAGACGUUGAAGCCAGGAGUGCUGAACACCCAGCAGCAGAGUACAUCCCACCCAGGAGGGAGCUCAGUCUUGCAGCCCUUCCAGUUGGCCUUCGGUCAGCCCAAGCAGCAUCUGCCAGCUUACUACCAGACCUUCCAAGGGAACAUGACAACGCUACCCAACCCACCAAACUACUCAGCACCAAACGCCAAACCCCCACAUCACUUACAGCAGAUGCAGAAGCAAGAACAAAUCCAGCGCCAGCAACAACAUCAUAUAAUUCAGCAGCAAAUUCAGCAGCAGCACCAUCAACAAAUUCAGCAACAGCAGAUCAUUCAGCAUCAACAGCAUGUGCAGCAACAGCUACAGCAGCAGCAACAAAUACAGCAUGAGCAACAGCAACAAAAGAUACAGCAGCAGCAGCAACAACAGCAGCAGCAGCAACAGCUCCAAAUUCAGCAGCAAAUGCAACAUCAGCAGUUGCAACAACAAAACCCCCAUGUGCUUGACUAUUACCCUGGUGCACAAAAUGCACAUCCACAGCCUGUCGUCGUACACUCCCAGGAGUCCUCUGCUCCCGCUCCCCCGAAGAUCCAAGAACCAAUCAUCCAGGACAUCACCCCAGAACCCCAACAGCCGUCAGAUCCGCUGCAGCCCCCUCUGCAGUCUGAGCCCCUGUCCCAGUCGCAGCCUCAGACGCAACUCCAGUCUCAAACCCAGCUUCGGAGAUCUCGACGGCUCUCCAAGGAAGGCGGCGCGCCGUCCGACAACCCUUUUCUCUCCGUCGCCUCGGAUGAGCCGGCGCCGGGGCCACAGGGAUCUCAAAACGGGGCCCGUGACAUCCAGGCAGCCCCGACAGGUGUCAUCCAAAGUACUCGCAGGAAACGCCGGGUUUCCCAGGAGGUCAACCUGGAGACACUCGCUCACGAGGCCUCAUCCAGGGAGUUUCUACCAUCGCACGUUAGCAAGGAGCCACACCGACCAUGGAGUCCCACUGAACCGGAGGGCAUGAACGCUAAGCGGCCCCGAGACGACACUCUUCUUCCACUCGUCAUCCCCGUAUCUGUUCCAGUCCGGAGGCAGGAUCCCUCAUCUCCUGACAGAGAUGAAGCAGCUCUGGCAUCCAGCUGGCCCCACAGGCCUUCCAACCCCCAGGACCUGGGCCGUUCAGACCACAAACCCUCGGUCAUCGUCACUCGCAGACGUUCACUCAGGAACUCCUUGUCGGAGAGCUCGGAGCAGAAUGAUGUUGCAGACGGUGAAAAGGACGACGAUGGCAAAAAGUCCAAACGGCGUCCCCGUCCCGAGCCUCUCUUCAUCCCACCGCCUAAACCCGGUUUAUUCAUCGCCCCGCCCGUCUACUCCAGCAUCACACCCUACCAAAGCCACCUCCGCUCGCCCGUACGGCUCGCCGACAACCCCAUCACCAUGCCUCCCUACACACCACCGCCAAUCCUCAGCCCCGUUCGUGAAGGCUCAGGCCUCUACUUCUCCACUUUCCUGUCGUCUGCUGCAGCUGCUGCAGCCGGCUGUCCGGGCCUGCCACCUCCAGCGACACCCAAGUCGGCCACCCGCAGCCUGUUGCGUUCCAACAGCUGCGACAUCACACCGCCGGUUUUGCCUCCCAUGACCGACGCCACUCCAGUCAGCAUCGAGCCACGGAUAAAUAUUGGGUCACGGUACCAGGCGGAGGUGCCAGAGCUGAGGCAGCGGUCAGCUGUCGAGCUGGAUCACCAUCGUGCCGAUCUGGUCUGGGCUCCGCUGAACGAAAUGGAGGGAAAACCUGAUUUCCAUGAGAAAGUGGAAGACCUCAUGCACCUGGCCUGCUCCAGUGUUUUGUGUGGAGGAGGCACCAACCAGGAGCUAGCCCACCAUUGUCUGUACGAGUGCAAAGGGGACAUAAUGGCUGCUCUGUCCAUGCUGAUGCUGAGGAAUCCAAUUUUCCCCAAGUCGCAUCAUCUGUCCUGCUACCACUACUCAGGAUCAGACAGCUGGACAGCAGCUGAGAGACGCCACUUCAACAAAGGCAUCACCACAUUCAAGAAAGACUUCUUCAUGGUGCAGAAACAGGUAACCACUAAGACAGUGGCGCAGUGUGUGGAGUUUUACUACACGUACAAGAAACAUGUGAAGAUGGGACGAAACGGGGCGCUAAUCUACGGCGAGACGGAGCCUUUGGAGAGCAGGACCAGUGAGGAGGAGAUGAACCACAAGCAGGGCGCUCACAGACUGGAGCCUCAGCGGGAGGAGGACAGCAGGAAGUGGGAAGGGUCAGCUGACAGGAAACAGGAUGUCUGCCCCACCAGGGUGACACACACGCUGCAGUCCACCGAGAACCCGGGGACCGUCCUCAUCAUGAAGGAGGACGUGGGGAGGGAGCUGCCACUGUCCAGGGUCAUCCACCCUCCUCACCCGCCUCCCCCCAGCUCCAAAUCGCGAAACUACGACAGCAACGCACGCAGGACGAGCCCCUCCACGGGCAACAAAGGCACGGCCGGGCAGGAGGGAGAGUUUCCCUGCAAGAAGUGUGGCAGGAUUUUCUACAAGGUGAAGAGCCGCAGCGCCCACAUGAAGAGCCACGCCGAGCAGGAGAAGAAGGCGGCGGCGCUGCGCCAGAAGGAGGCCGAGGAGCGAGCGGCGGCGAAGGCAGCAGCCGAGGCCGCCGCCAUCCUGGCAGCGCGCCAGCAGAACGGGACGCGACAGGUCGGCGGCGACAGCACCAACGACGACUCUUCGGACGGGGAGGACGACGACGACGACGACGACUGGCAGUGAGAGGAAGGAAGGCCGCGGAAGAAGAAGAAGAAGAAACCCUCCAGCGAACUUUCUGUUGGAAGACUUCCGUUUUUAGCUCGGCACAUUCAGGGACAGAUCGACUCCCGUGUUUAACUGUGAAUGCGUGGACUGAGUGAGAUGCGUGUGUGCGUGUCGACAACGUGCUUUCCAGAACUCCCCUUUACUCUGCUCGAAAAGCUUUCUCCAGAGUUACCUCUCUUGGUCACAGGGCUCGGUCAAACUAAAGCCAUGCCGCUCCUCUCCGGCGCUGUCCUGCUCUUCGCUCCCAGCUGCGGCCUUCCUCGGCACUUUUUCCGAGUCUCGUCCUGCUUCGUUUCGACAGGCGUGGAACUUUCUCGGACCCUCUUUCUUUCUUGUUUUCGUUUCCUCUGAGCCACAGCUUGCUAAACCCACAUCCCAGCCGUCCAGCGUCGGAUGAAGUUUUGAAAUCUCGACAGCUGGGGUCGAGCGCGACGGAGGGCUUUUCGACAAACGGAUCCGCAAACUGUCGCCUCUCGAAGCCGCCAGAAGCUUUUCCUCAGACGCAUGAUGUGCACCAAAUGGGUUCUCUCUCUGUUCCUUUUCAGUUCUGUGAAUCCCCCGCCUCUAUCUCCCCUCACAGUUUGUUCCUCACUGUCGAUGCCUUGGAUGUUACGACGCUUUUUAUCUCGAAAAUGACAAUCAAUUUUACACUGUUGUUGUUUUUUUAUGAACAUAUCUACAGGUAAAUGUUACUUUUUUUCUGCCUGUGUAGCUAUAUAUGGUUAUUGUUGUUUUUGUGAAUAUUCCCGUUGAUGAUGAUUAUUAUUAUUAUUAUUAAUAUUAUUAUUAUAUUCUGGUUUUGGCUGCAGUUUAAUUGAGCGCUUUUAUCUGUUUUUUGUCUUUUUUUUUUUAUUUAAAGAAACAAAAAUAAUGCUACUUGCUGCCUGUUUAUAACUGUGAGAUUUUUUUUUCUUUUUUUUGGAAGCCAGAAAUGAAGACAAAGGCAGAAAUGUAUGUGCAAUAGAACAAGUUUGACCCCCUUUUUCCCUGAGUGUUCAGGGCCCCCUCCUCUAUCUGGAUGCCUCACUGUCACACCCUGUAACUGAUAGGAGCUACUGACUCAGACUGUUCAAACCGCAGGGCUCUAUAGAUGCACAGAACGAAGCGGGAAAAGACAACAAACACAACGUAACCCUACGCUGAAAUUUGAGCCACAGUUUACCUUUUAUCUGCGCUACUUUCUCUCGAAAAUUCUCCGAUAAAAGCUAGUGUUAAGGGCUGGUUUUCACAUCUGCAGACUCUACCCAUAACAUGACCUCUGUCAGUAAAUUGUUUACUUUGUCGACAAACAGGCAUUAAAAGAGGCCAAAUUUGAUCCAGAUUUUUGCAGGUUUUAACAGAUUUCCAAUGAGAUUUUCCCAGAUGUCAGCUUCUCUCAUGACUUUCUACCUCAGCGUUUGAACCCCGGCACCUUCCACAGACUGCAAAACCAGACUCAAUUCAGAUUACGCUCACUUUUAAAGCGGAUUCUUGUUUGUUUUCUUUUACGCAGCAUUCUUUACUAAUGCAGACUUUGCGGUUUAUUCAAAUGCUGACAAGCGACUUGCAUUUUCCUCCUUUCACGUGCCGGAAAUCAAACUCUUGUACGGUUUACACUUUUCUGCUGAUGAAAGUAAAUAAUUUGCUGGCAAAAACAGGAAAUAGCAGAGGGAAAAGUGUUUCAUAUCAAACUGCAAAACAUACUUUGCAGGAUCCUGAAUGCUUUCUUUGACCUUUCUUUGUGUCAAAGUUUACUUCCUAUGCUUCACGUUGUGACAAAAAUGCCAUAUCUUAUCACAUUCUGGCCCUGAAGCCCCCGUUUGCUGUUGUUUUGGGAGCUCUAAAUUGAAACCCGAUAUGUGAGAAGCAAUGGAAAAGAGUCUCAGCCUGCGUUUAGAUUGUUGUGGCACUAAAACGCUCCACUGAAACCUUGGCAGCGUGGCUCAGCUGCUACUCAAGGACGCAGGAUUAAUGGCAAAAAAUGUGCAAAAAAAGUCAGAUUUAACUGCAGGUUCAUCAGUCUGCAGCAUAGAGUUGUUACGACGAAGCGGUUUAAGUUAUUUAUAUCGAUUUCUCAUGAAAUGUGGCUGUUAAAGAGCGAUAUCGACUCGAUAUUUUUUUUAUCCCUCCAGCUGUGCGGUGCGUCUACGGCCGCCUUUUAUCUGUUUACCUUGAUACGAGGAGCUGAAUCGGACAAUGGAAACGGCGUGUUUUGAUCCGUCUAUCGCCGCAUAUCUCUGUGUUGAGCCCUUCAGCCCCGGAGCCAGCUUCUGUUGCCGUAGCAACACGUGGGUUAAAGGGUUAUUUUUCCAUUAAAGGACAAACCACAGUGGAGAGCUGGGAGGAACGGCUCCAGUUACCAGUUACUUCACCAGUUAAAACCUGGGUCUAUGCACAGACUGUUUGUGUACGAAUGUGUGUGUGUGUGUGUGUGUGUGUGAGUGAGUGCUUUGAGGUCAAAUGUUUAACUGUACGCCUGUCAAAAAAAACAAACGUUUUGCAGACUGUUCACAUGUUGGUUAAUUUAUAUUUCCUUUCUUUUUUUCUUGAGGUUCUCGUCGGGGAACGAUGUCACUAAAAAAAAAAAAAAAGCAGAAUUACGGAUGAAAUCGAGGCCACAAACACACACAGCUUCUCCUCAUAUCCUCCAGUCAGUUAAGGGAAUUUUAAAGGGGACAAAAAAAGGUUUAUUUAGCUAAAGAUUAGAAAUAUAUAUAUGAAUGGAAUUCUAUGUUUGCAUACUUUCUAUGCUAUUUUCAUAUGGGGUUCACACUAAUGAUGAAAAACGGAACGGAAUCUCAAGUGCUUUUUACUACAGUGUAACUUAUUUGUUUUGAUUUGAUUUUUACCACCUGUGUUUUUAGUAAUGAUUUAUGAAGCACUGUAUAUUAAAGUUUUAAAAUAUU